AGGUGUAUUCAGCUGUAUUAGCAUAUCAGAGUUGGGUCAUCAAGCUUUGCGUUUUUUUUUUUUCCUCUCUAUUUCUCUGUUUAAAAAUCGAAGCUUAAAUCUUGUGAUGUUUAGAAGGAGAGGCAUAUUAAACUGUCUAGUUUUGCACCGUGCAUUUAUAAAGGGAAAGGAAUGAAAGGAAAGGCGUGGGUAGAAAGCAAGAUUUUUUUUUCAAGAUGAACUGCUAACACCGGCAAGAGAAAAACACAAGCAAAUCAGACCUGUCGUUUAGACCUUCAGCCUUGAACCGUGGAGAGAUAACGUUUUGUUAAUAAUGCAAUUUUGUAUUGACGUGCGUGACGCAAAGCUAGAUAACCGGUAUACCCUCUGACUAUAUUCCCACUGUACCAUCACGUGUGAUAAUGAAAAAUUGAAAUGACAGCAUUUCCAUGAUGCGGGCUAUGUAAAGCUGGUCAAAGAUCAAUAUUGUAAAGUCAUCGUGAGGAGACUGUCACCCUGAGGAAGCAGAACACUUAAGAUUCCAACGAGGCGGAUUGUUUCUACAAUGUUGUAAAACUGCUUGUAGGACUGGAUUGAUUGUUCGGCAGCUAAGAAUCUAUCCAAGAUACUUUCUGCAAAGCAACUGGUGCAUUUUAAUUCUGCGCAGCAAAACGCAGUUUAAUCUUACCCUUCGUCUUAAAAAAUAAGCAAUAAUAAUAUUAAUAGUAAUAAUAAUACCGAUAUAAUAAUAAAUAACAAUGGGUCGAUAUAGUGGGAAAACAUGUCGUCUAGUGUUCAUGCUUGUGAUCACUUUUGUGUUUUUCGUGGCCGAGUUGGUGUCGGGGUAUGUUGGUAACUCUAUCGCCCUGGUGUCGGACUCUUUCAAUAUGUUAUCAGACGUGAUUUCGCUGUGUGUCGGUAUCACUGCGGCCCGGGUAUCUCGACUCGGCAGCUCCGGUCGCCGAACCUACGGACUACCUCGGGCUGAAGUGGUCGGGGCGUUGGCUAACGCAGUGUUCCUAACCGCUUUGUGUUUCACUAUCUUCGUGGAAGCGGUUAUGCGUCUGGUCAAUACGGAAAGAAUCGAUGACCCGUCCCUGGUUCUGAUCGUUGGGGCUCUGGGUCUGGCCGUCAACAUUGUGGGGCUCAUCAUCUUUCAGGACUGCUGUUACAGCAGUAAGAGAAGUGAACCUGUGCCGGGAGAGAAGACACAGCAACCGGGUGGCGCUGUGGACAGCCUAACAGAUCCCCCCGGGCUGAGCAACAGUGCCUCGGACAAUCCUGUCAAGACGAGGCAGACGAGCAAUGCAGCAGCACUCAACAUCAGGGGUGUUCUCCUCCAUGUCAUGGGGGAUGCCCUGGGCUCAGUGGUGGUGGUGGUGGCUGCCUCUCUCUUCUACGCCCUGCCCCUCCCCCCGGACGCCCCCUGUAACUGGCAGUGUUACGUGGACCCCAGCCUCACCAUCAUCAUGGUGAUUAUCAUCCUGUCAUCCGCAUUCCCGCUCUUUAAGGAGACCGGCGCCAUCCUGCUGCAGAUGGUGCCCCGUGGACUGCGAGUGGAUCACAUCAGUGAGGCUCUGGCCCAGAUCCCGGGCGUGCUCAGUAUCCACGAGCUACACAUCUGGGAGCUGGCAGCGGACCGCAACAUCGCCACGCUGCACCUCAAGUGUGCCGACUCAGGGGACUUCCAGAGGGUGUCCCGGCAGGUGCGGCAGAUCUUCCAUAAUGCAGGGGUGCAUGCUGUCACCAUCCAGCCCGAAUACACCAAUGAGGACCAGGACCCCCUGGCCUGCAACACCCCCUGCUUGUCGGAGGACUGCCUGUCGCUGGGCUGCUGCAGCACCACUCACCCCAGCACUAAUGUAGAGAACUACAUGGAGAUUAGCACCUGUCCCACUGGCAUCGUGAGCAAUGGGCACUUCGCCAGCCUGCCCGACGAGCUAGGCAUUUCUAUCCUGCCAGAGCACUCCCCUCUGCAGGACAACAGAGACAAUGUGGUGCUCAAGGGCACACAGUUAUAGAUCAGUUAUAGUGUUGGUCUUUAUGAUCGGCACCUGACAACAAGACUGUGAUACUGAGCAGAUGACCUGAAUGGGCAGUGGUGUUACGUGAACUCUUGGAAUCGUGGGACAGUUCGCGUUUUAUUUUUUGUUUGAUUAUUUGUACAGAUAGCACUGUGUAGAGAUGGCCUUUUUUCUCUGUCCAGGUUUCAACUGGUCUCAACAGCACUUGGAUACUCCAGCAGGGUAUGCUAAUGAAUUCUGCAUAAACUUGAAUGUUGGUAACAUUACCUUUGCACAAGCCGAUGAUUAAGCCUGUAUUGUCGUGUGGUGCCCCGUCUUGCAGGGUUACUUACUUUGCAAAACGUUUUAGUUCCCAACCUAUUAUUGUUGUUUAGCCAGGUAAGUUAAUUAAAAUGUAUAGUUGAAAGAAGAAAAUAUGUAUGUGAAGUCUCCCCCACGCUUCUCCCCGGCUCAAUGGAGAGGUUAUAAAGGGAGUCUAAGCCUUCCUCUGAUCUACUAGCACAAGCAGAGGAAAAGCUUUUGCCACUGUAUACGUCCACAUUAAUCUUGCUGUUGAGAAAAUGAAGAUAAUGUAUUCAUACCAAAUGUAAAACCAUCCAAGAACCAUGUAGUAGACUACAGGUAGCUGUGUACUGCUCUGGGUCUUGUAUAACAAGACACCUGUCUAUUACCGUACAAUAUACCUGUAUAGUCAUAACACCCUUAGUGACAAUGCUGCAUAUAUACUGUCACCUGAGAAUGGGUCUCAGGCUUCAUUGUUCUGUGCUGAAUAACAACAGCAGUGCAAAGAUCACAGUUACUUUGCAAUCCUCUGUGUGAAAAGUAGAACAUUAUUUAAUAAUUGAGUCGUCUCGUUUUUUACUUAGCUGUUUGUACUCUAUAUAUGUGAGCAGGGUGUGGGGCCUGGUUGCUUCAGAACAGUGGUGCACAACUCAGGCCAUGGAAGGCCAGUGUCCCUCCUGGUUUUUGUUCUAAUGAUACCAUAAAUUAGUUA